AUGAACCAAGAAUGCAGGAGACCUUCAGAUGCUAAAAAAGGCAAGGACAUGGACUCCCCUCUGGAGUCUCCAGAAGGAACCAGCCCUGCUAACACCCUGACUAAUGGCCUCUGGAAGUUUUAUGUCUUGUGUCUCUACUGCAGUUCUGUGAGGAACGAGAUCAUCAAAUCGUCAAUAUCGAAAUUACCAGUUACUGCUAAUUCCUUUUCAUCAUUCACAAAAUAUAGCUUGAGACCUUUGCUCAAAAAGGAAGGCUUGGUUAUUAAUAAACAACUUGAUUAUUUCAAGGUUGGGUUCUCUACUCAUCCUCCGGCCUGUGGUGCGGUGCGCGCGUGCGCUGAUCCUCACCUCGGAGCAGCCAUGAUGGAAGGCCUGGACGACGGCCCCGACUUCCUCUCCGAGGAGGACCGCGGACUUAAAGCAAUAAAUGUUGAUCUUCAAAGUGAUGCUGCCCUGCAGGUGGACAUUUCUGAUGCUCUUAGUGAGAGGGAUAAAGUAAAAUUCACUGUUCACACAAAGAGUUCAUUGCCAAAUUUUAAACAAAACGAAUUUUCUGUUGUUCGACAACAUGAGGAAUUUAUUUGGCUUCAUGAUUCCUUCGUUGAAAAUGAAGACUAUGCGGGUUACAUUAUCCCACCAGCACCACCAAGACCUGAUUUUGAUGCUUCGAGAGAAAAACUACAGAAGCUUGGAGAAGGAGAAGGAUCCAUGACAAAGGAGGAAUUCACAAAGAUGAAACAGGAACUGGAAGCUGAAUAUUUGGCAAUAUUCAAGAAGACUGUUGCAAUGCAUGAAGUAUUCCUGUGUCGUGUGGCAGCACAUCCUAUUUUGAGGAGAGAUUUAAAUUUCCAUGUCUUCUUGGAAUAUAAUCAAGAUUUGAGUGUGCGAGGAAAAAAUAAAAAAGAGAAACUUGAAGAUUUCUUUAAAAACAUGGUUAAAUCAGCAGAUGGAGUAAUUGUUUCAGGAGUAAAGGAUGUAGAUGAUUUCUUUGAGCAUGAACGAACAUUCCUUUUAGAAUAUCAUAACCGAGUUAAGGAUGCAUCUGCUAAAUCUGAUAGGAUGACAAGAUCCCACAAAAGUGCCGCAGAUGAUUACAAUAGAAUUGGUUCUUCAUUAUAUGCUUUAGGAACUCAGGAUUCUACAGAUAUAUGCAAAUUUUUUCUCAAAGUUUCAGAACUGUUUGAUAAAACGAGAAAAAUAGAAGCACGAGUGUCUGCUGAUGAGGACCUCAAACUUUCUGACCUUUUAAAAUAUUACUUAAGAGAAUCUCAAGCUGCUAAGGAUCUCCUCUAUCGAAGAUCUAGGUCAUUAGUGGAUUAUGAAAAUGCUAAUAAAGCCCUGGAUAAAGCAAGAGCGAAAAAUAAAGAUGUUCUGCAGGCUGAAACAUCCCAACAAUUAUGUUGUCAGAAAUUUGAAAAAAUAUCUGAAUCUGCAAAACAAGAACUUAUAGAUUUUAAGACAAGAAGAGUUGCUGCAUUCAGAAAAAAUUUAGUGGAACUGGCAGAGUUAGAACUGAAGCAUGCAAAGGGUAACCUACAGUUGCUGCAGAACUGCCUGGCAGUGUUAAAUGGAGACACAUAAACCACACUCCACCUUCCGGUUAAAAAAGGGCUGCCUUCCUUCAGAUUUUAUUUUUCUCUUAAUGAUGUUAGGCAUUUACUGCUCACUGUAAACAAAAGAAACAGCUGACAAAGUGCAUCUUCUGUCCUUUUUUCUGAGAAACAUGAAGUGGUGCCGUCCACAGGUGCUGCCAGUCUGUGGUAAACGCUGCACUCCAGCACCUGCGUGCUGCUCCCCAGGGCAGUUGUCACUCAUCAUGCGCUCUUCCUCUUCAAAAGCCCAAAUUUCAGUCUUUUUCUUUUUUUUAAGUAGCCUCUAUAACUGUGUUUAUUUUAUGAAUAGUAUUCCUUACGGCUGCCAAUCUUAUUUACCUUUAAGUAAUUUCUGAAGUUUAACUCUUUCAAAAUGUAUUCUUCAAACGAGAUAAAGAUUGCCAUUGCCUUUUUUUUUAAUUUUAUUAAAAAAAAAAAUUGUAUACCACCUUAGUUCAUUCUUGUAUCCUGGUUAAAAAAAAAAGCAUCUUAAUCAGAUUUAUUUUUAAUAUUUCAUAGAAGUUUUGGGACAGACUUUAUGUAAUCUUUCUAAGUAUGAUUUCUGAAGAAAAGCAAAUGCAUUAGUAUGUUUGCCUUAAACUUGUAGACUAAACCGACUAUUGUCAAAUAAACAGUGAUAACAGUGAUGGUUUUUAACUCUGGUCAUUGUAUCACUCUAAAAUCUGGAGUAGCUAUAAUCUACUCCUAUAUAAUGUUAUACAGAGCAGGUCUUAGUUUUUCUUAUUUCCUUUAAGACGGCAUAUUGAACCAAAUUUGCCUAUCCCUUUACAAAAGAAUGAACUGCUUCUCUGUGCUUUUCAUACUUCAUGGAAGGUGGAAUCUGGCAGAGGCAAGUUAGAGACAGCUGUUUCUAAAAUACAGGAGCUGAGAAUAUGGUCUGUUAACGAUUUCCUGGAUUCUAUCCCUAGCUCAGCCAAUUAACCAUGUGACAUAUGUCAUUGAGCUACUUGGUAGUUAGGCCAGUGUGGAGAGAAGGAGGUCAGCUAAAGGGAACAGCACUUGAUGGGAGAAAAUUGCAAUAUUUGGAAUAAGGGUACAAAAAGGAUACUGUCAGUAGUUACAUUAUAAAUAUUGGCCUUUCUAAUGUGAAUGAACAUUGUGUCAUAGCUAGUUUAAAAUUAGAUUGAGUGGUUGGAUUUUUCCAAUGUCUUUUUCUAACUUCUAGAAUUUGGAAACUGCAGGCAUUUGGGUUGAUUAUCCUCAGAUGGGUUCCUAGUGUGUCCAUCUUCCCAAACCGUUCUGAAAAGUGCCUGUUCUAGGUCCCAUGGCUAGUCACGAAUAUUCCAGCCUUCCUCUGCAGCAUGUUCUCUUGCCUCACUGUUGUACUGGUUAAUGUUUCUCUAACUGAUGUUCCCUGAUGCCAUCUGAACUUUUGACUUUUUCUGUUGGCUAAGAGAUGUGUGUGUUUUGUCCUUCAUGUCACCCUCACUGGUGAAAAUAUGCCCAUGUGAUGCUCACCAGUGGGUGAACAUGGGAUGAAGCCCUAGCUUCUGGAUUCGAUGCAGACCCUUGUGGCCUCAGGCAGGUUCACUUAACCUCUCUCUGCCUCAGUUUCUCUACUAUAAAGGACAUACUGACCUACCUCACAGGGAUGUUGUGAGGAUUAAUAAAUGUUGGUACAGUGCUUUGGAAACGUGAA